AUGAAACAUGCUGCUGAAGCUCUACAACAUUCUAUUUCUGGAAAAGCAAAAACUAUUAAAGGUGUGAAAGGUUUUAGUUGGCUUUCUGUUUUGAAAUAUCACGACAUUAUUCGUGGUACAGCGAUAGACUAUAUGCAUGGCGUCCUGUUGGGGGUUCAGAAAUUGCUCCUCAGGUUAUGGUUUGAUAGCAGUAACUCCAGGAAGAUAUUCAGUCUGAGCAAGUACGUCAAUGUCAUCGAUUCCAGGUUGCAACUAAUUACACCUACUCUCGAACUAAAACGUCUACCAAGAUCAAUUUCAGAGCACCUAAACCACUGGAAAGCGAACGAGUUGCGCUCGUUUCUGCUUUAUUACGGUCUACCAGUGCUGUUUGGUUUAUUACCGGAAAACUCCUUCCAGCACUAUUUCUGUUUCGUCCGUGCGAAUUUCUUACUUUUACAAGAAAGUAUUUCGCCUAAUGAUCUAAAGACCGCGGAAGAGCUUUUACAAAGCUUCUGCUCAAACUUUUCAAGACUGUAUGAAGAACGAUACAUGACUCUUAAUUUUCAUCAACUAUUACAUUUGGUGGAUAAUGUAAGGGAUCUCGGGCCUCUAUAUACUCACAGCUGCUUUUCAUUUGAAGAUAAGAAUGGAUUCAUACUUAAAUUGAUACACGGAACUCAAUUUAUUGACAGCCAGAUCUUGGCAGCAGUAUCGUUUACACAAAAACUACCUGAGUUGCGAGAGAAAUGUCUAGCACCUGGCUCAGAUGAAGACACUUUGUAUUGGAAAUUAAUGCAUCCAAGAAGGGAAGAAAUAUUGAAACAUACAUAUGUUUUAGGUGCUUUCUAUCGGAAACAGUUGAAUGAGCAUGAACUUUUAGCACUUGAAAAUUAUCUAAAACAAACACCUACUUUCAUGAAUAUUAUUGCAUUUAAUAGAAUUGAACGGAAGUCUGCGUUUAUUUAUGGUUUUGAUUAUAAGAGAAUGUCGAGACGGAACUGUUCUACUGUGAAGUAUUCUACGAGCAACUCUAUCGCAUUCGUGCAAGUGAAAUGCUUCAUAAAAGUUAACGUUGGUGCUGCAAGAAACGUUCACUAUCUGGCGAUCGCAACUCCAUUAGAAUGCCCUAAUGGACAAGUUAGUUGUUUUUAAUAUAAGUGACAUUUGUGACAAUUGCUUGUUUAUCGAGGUUAUCCCACAAAAUACUUCUUCGGCCACGCAGUGUUAUGUGUGCGAGUUUUCGAACAAAAUCGAGAUAGACUGAUUUAUCGUAGGAACAAUGUUCGCUAAUUUUUGUAUGCUACUUUUUAAAUUAGUUAAGCGCUGCUUGGAGUGUUACGCCGUAUGAAUCAGAGUUAUUCUGUGCCAGAUCUAGAGCAUUUGCCUGAUCAAAAGCGGUCUUAAGGUCGAGCUCUCUGUUCUCCAGCAGUCUUUUAAGAAUAAGUUUAGACCAUUGAUAAAAUGAGUUUAGACCAUUAAUAAAAUCACAUAUUAAUAAAGUCACAUAUUAGUUUCUUUGUAUUUCUCUGUGGAAAAUAGCCUCGAUGUUGCAAUCCUUAGCCCUGGACCCGCAUUCAAAAAUAAAGUUUUAGAAUGUCUUCAGCCAAUGUUUCCACUCUUUUGCGGCCGUGGAUGAGUUUGGGUCCACAUCCAGACGAUGAGGCUUCAGAGUAGUGUCCAUUUCGAAGUGUUAUGUUGGGUAAAUUGUAGUAACCAUAGUAAGGUUUUUCUUAACCUAAAACAUUGCUUACAAUAAAGCAAGCUAAAACAAAAUGGCUGCUAGAGUUUGCCGAGUUAUGUGUCUUGUUUAUGUCAAUUUGAUUUUUCCGUAAUUCAUUCUGGCUAUGAGAGGAUUUGUUUUAAAGUAUAGAAGUAUUAUUUCUGUUUUUCUUAUCAUGGUUGUGAUGAUGUUCUCAUAUUAUUUUAACUAUUAUGAUCAUCAUAAUAUUAUUAUUAUUACUAAAAAAAUUCCAUUUAUUUUAAAUACAAUGCCUAAAUAAUGUAUCAAUAAUAAUUUAAAGAUAUUAGUUUUUGUUCCAUCAGUAGAAUACCAUAUUGUGGGUAGUUUUAUGGCCUUUUGUAUCUCUUUUGCUAUGACAUUUUGUUUACCCGAUUCAGAUGGACGGGAAUGUGGGAGUGUUCGUGGGUAGUCUCGUUUGUCUCAACGUGAGUCUGCGUAUUUGCUUUCUCCUGUCUUUGGUCCCUUGAUGUCUGGCUCAACUGCUUAACCUUUCAUAAUUUUACGAUAUCUGAUUUACAUCCUUGUAGGCACCUGUUUUUUAUCAACUACCAAUUUUAUGCUGAAGGGAAUUCCUUUGUGUUUUCUUUCACACACACCUAAAAAGCCCCAGUCUGAAAAUCGCGUUAAAAAAGGGGUCAUUUAAGAUAAGGAUGGUUUGUGCAGUCCUUUGUCUUAUUCUUGUUUUUUUCUCAUUCUUGAAAGAGGCUGGUAGCAUCUGACGUUGUUGUAAUUGCCGCUGAUUGACUUGCUGCUGUUCUUGUUUUGUAGUCAGGAUGCAAUUAAUGUUUUCCUAUUUUGUCUCUGUAGCAGUAGCCCCUCCUACUUGAUCUUGGCAUCCAUACCGCCUUCUCUCAGAUACCUGAAGAUAUUCCUCUGCCUGUGUCUUGUCUUUUUCUAUCUAUUCACGCGCUGUGUUUAACAUUGUCUCCCCAUCUCUGACAUCUCGAUCGUAUCUCUAGCAAGUGUUGCAUCUGGUAUAUUUGGUAUUUUAUAUUUGUUUUGUUCUCUUUUGAUUAAUGUUUCCUCUUUUGUUGUUAUAGUUACAUAAGUUUGUAGGAAGUCACAUUAUCAUCAAGAAUAACAUACUUACUGUAUAUACUUUAUAUAUAUUUUGUAUAAUACAGAGUGUGUUUUACUAAGCCGAAGUUGAUUGUGAUUUAUAUAUUUUUACCACAAUUUUUAUUUUUUUUUGAAUUUCUACCAAAAAUAUGAUGUAAGAUUAGAACAGCAUCUUUUCCGACACGUUUUUUCUGUUCUAGGUCACGUGACCAUGAAGGGGUCAGAUGACGUCAUCUCUUGUGUCAUUUAUGUCUAAAACACUUUUGUUGAAAGUUCCAAGAGAUUUGACAAAAAACAAAAGCUUUUAUAAAACAAACAAAUUUCCCUAGCAACGGACUCCAUAGGCCCUUAACAUAGCUUAAUAACAAAUGUGUCUGGCUUUGCCUUAAAAGUGCUGUUCUUUCAAUGUACUCUUUAAAGGGUGGUUCUCACUAGGACGCAAGCGGAAGCGAAAGCAUAAGCGGAACGCAAGUGAGAAUCUGUCAAACAUAAGCGUAAGCACAAGCGCAAGAAAAUCAAGCAGCUGCGUUCUCUUGCCCUUCCGCUUGCGCUUAUGUACAAGUGUGAAUGAAAAAAAACAAAAGCGCAAGCGCGAGCGGCGAUCAAAUAAAUAUCAAAUUGCUGUUGGUCGCCAGAUGCAAGGUAUUUCAAGGUCAAAGCAAGCCUCUGUUCUGGGGAGAUGGCCUCUCUUAGCUUUGUGUUUAUGUUAUAAAUGGCCUGACCAUGGCGAGGAGAGUGUCAAAUGACUCUGGGGACAUAUGCAUGUACCUGAAAUAAAACAAGGAGGAUAUUUUAUUAAGAAAUUCAUCAUUUUUUUAUAGCAUAUAAACAAAAUUGCAUAAAGCGCAUUUAUAAAAAAAAUUCUGCAAAUAUUAUAAAAAAAAUGAUCGAAUAGACUCGGGUACCCGAAAAAUAAGUCGAGUACCAGUAAGAGCAUACAAAAUGAGCAGCAGUAGGUUUGACACGUAUUUUUUAUAGUUUCUUAUAGUUUCAGGAAAAUAUUUUCUCGGAGAGUAUACUGACUUCCUUAUCUCACAAAAGAUAAAAUAGUCAAAUCUCAUGCAAUACCCCACAUUAACCUUCUUAGAACAUACAGGACCAAGUAAAUGUUGCAGGGGAAAGACCCUCACUGGGGAGUAUAUGGACAUUUCCUGCAACUACAACACAUGAUUCCUAAGAGAAUGAUAAACUUUUAACAGUGCAUAUAUCAAAUAGUGCAAUUCGGCAAUUUUUAACAGUGCACACCGUAAACGAACUAUUAACUCCCUGGGCUUAUUCUAAUCGUUUAGUUUGAAAGACGGUUGGGGUAGUGGGCUUUAGAGAGGGCUUGAUGCUGAGGGGGGGGGGGGGGAUAAAAAACAGUUUUGGGAGCAACAAAAACUGCAUAGAACAAAUAAUGCGGAUACAAAAACUAACAGAUGCUACUUAGAAUUGAUGGCAAGAAGGAGGCGAGGGGAGCUAACAAAUAGAGGGGGUCUUAUUCCAAACUAGUUCUAAAGGGGGUUUAUUGGAGAGUGCUUAUUGGCAGGGAGUGGCUUAAAAGAGGUUUUACAGUAUAUAAAAUAUUUUUUAACAUUGAAUAAUAUAUAAAAUACAGCAUUUUUUAACAGUGCAUAUAUAAUAUAAUGUAGGAAACUCAACUCUUUUCAACAAUAAUAGACAAUAAUGCAUACUUUGGUUUUUGUGUGCAAGCAUAGCAACCAGAAGCUGUGUCUGCUGCUGCUGUUGUUGCAUCAACAUUUUCAUCAUAUCCUCCUUUUCCAGCUUCUUUCUUCUCAAAUCAAAAUCUUCCUUCUUAAGCUGACUUUCUCUAUCAGACCUCUCUUAGAAACUCCACUACUUCUGAUGCUGAUCUUCGAACCUUUCUUAGGCUUGGCUUUCCCUCCUUCCCUCCCAAACGCUUGAGCGCCCUCUUUCUGUGCUCUUUAGCUGCUGCCUUGUUCUGCCUUUUACCAGCCUUUUUGUUCUCAUACUGGUCUUUGCCUCUAAUGCAAGCUUUUCCUUUUCUAUGGUCUCAUCAGACGCUCUAUCGAGGUCAGUUUCCUCACAGUCGAUUCCAGAAGCAACCGCCUCUUGUCUCAUCUUCGCCUUGUAUUUGGACUGAAGUAAAUACAAUCAUUCUCUCACACUUCUUCCAUGGCUCUAUCACUAAAACAUUUUUAACCAAACUCAAGCCGUUCUUUCCACUUCAUCUUCAAAACAGGCGAAAUGGAGAAGCCCUAAACAAUUUUUAUUCACGCCUGAGGAAAUUAUAUUUCCAAACGCCUCUAGAAUAGUGGACUCCACUUGUGUUUCCGACAUGCAUUUGUUGAAUUGGCAUGAUGAUAACAUGUGGCCUCGCACUUUGUGCACUGUUUCGGUACACUUUUCAUGUCGGGGCCAGCCAGCAGAAUGUUAUCACUCAUGAACGGUGCGAUGCAUGUUCAUGAGUGGUCGAUAUCUCAAGCAACAGAACCCCAGUGCUCGAGCCGGCAUUUGGUCUACUUGUAGUAGUACUCAGAGUACUAGUAGAAGUUUGUACUACUUCUUUUAAACACUGAAGAAACUUCUUCUUUCAUAGCCUUCGCUUCUUUUGAGUAAAAUCUUUCCGCAAGAUCACAUACAGAUUGAAUCAAAUCUUUUAUGUUUUCGUUCUCCAUCUUCCCGCCAAAGAACACUACGAGGAACGAUACCGCUGCCUAAACUUUUGGAAGGCUCAAACCACAUCGGAUCGAUAUUGGCGGCUACUUAUUAUCUACUGCGGCCUGUAUGAUACAAGCUCAUCUAGAUCAUUCGGCGUCUUGGUGCAAAGAUCCGAAUUAAUCAGAUCAGAGUUUAGGGUUUGAAUAUCAACCGACUUUAACUUGCGAUAUGAAACAGUUCUGACUGCCAAACAUGGCUUCAGGCACUGUAAAGAGCACAGAACCGAGGCAUGGUCAGACAAGAAACGAUCCACGAGUGGAGUUUCUCUUAUGAUCUGGUCAGUUUGGCGAGUUAUCACCAAGUCCAGUGUGUGACCAUGUAUGUGGGUGGGGCCUGGGAUGUGUUGUUGCAAGCUGAAGCACUCGAGCAGUUCGAGAAAUCUUGCCGCAUCACCAUCCAACAGACAUUAAUAUUGAAGUCCCCGACCACAACCAAUUGUUCUUUACACAAAACAAUCGUUUCGAGAUAAUCGCUGAGUUCCGUAAAGAAAGUGCCAAUAGGAAUCGUCUGACCAUUUGAGUCAGUCUGUGGUCGAUAAAGAAUGAGCACACGCAGCUCCUGUGACGGCAGUCUGAUCAACCACUACGAAAACUCAAAUGACGUUUUUGCCCCGCCAUCAACCUUCUCCACUG